AAAAACUCACAAACAAGCUACAGAUUCCCACUUUCCUUGCACUUAUAUAUAUCUCUCAUCCGUCUCACCCAUCUCUCCCACUCUCUCCAAAGUAUCCCAAGAACACGAGAAUGGCAAAAAUGGCGUUUUCCCUUCAUUCAAAGCCCGGCCUUGUUCUGCAAUUCAUGCUUCUGAUUUUCUUCCUUCUUGGAACCAGAUUGUAUGCAGCUGACCCUUCUCUAACAUUAGAUUAUUAUGCAUCUACUUGUCCGGUUGUGCUUGAGACUGUCAAGAAAGAAAUGGAAUGCGCAGUGCUGUCUGACCCACGUAACGCGGCCUUGGUUGUGCGAUUACAUUUCCAUGACUGUUUCGUUCAGGGAUGCGAUGGAUCAGUUUUGCUCGAUGACACAGUUACGUUAAAAGGAGAGAAGAAAGCCCCCACCAACAUACACUCUUUAAAAGGUUUCAGAAUUAUUGAUAAGAUCAAGAACACGCUUGAAUCAGACUGCCCUGGGAUUGUCUCUUGUGCAGAUAUACUCACCAUUGCUGCAAGAGAUGCUGUGCUCUUGGUUGGUGGACCUUAUUGGGAUGUUCCUCUAGGAAGAAAGGAUUCUGUGACCGCAAGUUUUGAGCUCGCAAACACGAAUCUUCCUAAAGCAGAUGAAGGCCUGCUGUCUAUCAUUUCCAAGUUUCUUUACCAAGGCCUCUCAGUCACGGAUAUGGUUGCUCUUGCAGGGUCACACACAAUAGGAAUGGCACGCUGUGCCAGUUUUCGAGCAAGGAUCUAUGGAGACUGGGAAGGAACAACUCCAGGACACGAUCCAAUCUCUGAGUCACACCUCAGCAACUUGAAAUCUGUCUGCCCACCUAUUGGAGGAUCAGACAAUAACAUAACAGCCAUGGACUAUGUUACUCCUAACCUCUUCGACAAUUCAUUCUACCAUUUACUGUUGAAAGGGGAGGGGCUGCUAAAUUCAGACCAGGAAAUGUAUUCAAGCGUGUUUGGUCUCGAAACAAAGGAGCUUGUGAAGAAGUAUGCAGCAGAUCCAAUUGCUUUCUUCCAGCAAUUCUCGGAUUCAAUGGUGAAAAUGGGAAAUAUCACAAACCCGGAUAGUUUUGUCAGUGGAGAAGUUAGGAGAAACUGCAGAUUUGUCAACACAUGAGCUACAAAUCCAGAUUGCUAAAACAGCUGGGAUUGGUACUUUAAAUAAGCAGUUAUAUCAGUGAAAACAUUGAUUUAUGUAUCAAAGCAGACGGAAAGAAAAAUAUUCAUGGAAAAAUGUCCCAGCUGGUUGGAAGUUAAUGUUUAUUCAUUUUGUCAUUCAAUGUCAAAAGUUGACAUGCCUUGCCAUUCUUAUAGGAUGUGUUUUAUAUUGAACCUGAACAUUACUUACAGUCA